CUCGCGAUCGGCCAGCGAUGACGACGAAGAGGAGAGUCGACGUAUGAGCAAAGCGACGUCAAACCUGUCGCCAUCGCCCAGUCGUAUCACUACCAGCACCGGCACCGAAGGCAGCGCUCCCAUCGCUUUUGAUAUGUCCAAUCGGGCCAAACUGCCCAAAGGCAUCGAAAACAUUCGCCCGCAUCUCGAAAACGUGGACAACGUUCCGCUGUUGGUCUCGCUCUUCACCGAUUGUGUGCCCGAAGCGACCAAAGAUAUGAUCAAAAUAAUGCAAGAGUACGGAGAAGUGGUGUGCGUUGUGGGCAGCGCUGCCAACAUUGCCAACGUUGCCAUCUUUCUUCAGGCGGACGCCAGCAUUGGUGUGGAGCCGAUGUACCCGCAGGUGUGCAUAACGGAGCCCAUCAAAGAGGCCGACGGUUACAUUGAAUCUCUUCCGGACAACUUCAUAGGGCCGACGGAUUUGGCCCGACAGCUGGUGACACUGCCCUGUUCUCUGUCUCUCUAUCGCCAAAACUCUAUGAUCUUCUAUCAACUCAUUCUCGAAGCGCGUCAUUAUAUGCUUAAAAUGCGAAACUGUUUCCAAUUCUUCCUCAGCAGUUGUCUUAGUCUGAGUUUAGCCCAACUCUUGACUUCACUGCUAUUCCUGCCGCCGCUUCUCUCUCCCGGUGUAGUGCUGUGGUUGGCCUGUAUUGUGUUGCCUAUUCUCAGCUCAUCACUGAUGGGCACUCAUAUGGACGACAAAGUGAUGACUAUCGCCACCGGAAAGAAAUUGCAUUUAAACAAAGAGGUUCUUAUCAGUAUACUAUACUUCUUCAUGUGUUACUUAAUUAAAUUCGCGCCAUCAGUAUUGGUGAGUGUCCUGUGCUUUGGUUUAAUUAUUGGCCACUCGUGUCACGACAUGCACGUGGGUUUGCUAACGGCUGGUCCGUGUUGGAUGUUCAGCGAUGUUAAAGCCAACAUUACCGGCGAAACUGAUGACUUCUUCUGGUCCUCACGGCUACUGAUUGGUCAGACAAUUGCCUCAUUGUUUCUCGUUUUAUACAUCGUAAUCAUAUCAAUCGGUUUUGUUCACCGAAAUCAUCUCAUUUGGCAGAGAAGUCCGCUGACCAACAAGUGGUGGAUAUUUAUAUCGAUCGGUCUGUUAAUUAGUCACGCGUUGCUCUGUUUGAUUGAAAUCAGUUUAUACGUGCGGUCGACACAAAUCGCCACCCAAUUCAUCGCUUCCAUUCCCGUCUACGUCUGGUGCAUCGAAAACAUUCGCCCGCAUCUCGAAAACGUGGACAACGUUCCGCUGUUGGUCUCGCUCUUCACCGAUUGUGUGCCCGAAGCGACCAAAGAUAUGAUCAAAAUAAUGCAAGAGUACGGAGAAGUGGUGUGCGUUGUGGGCAGCGCUGCCAACAUUGCCAACGUUGCCAUCUUUCUUCAGGCGGACGCCAGCAUUGGUGUGGAGCCGAUGUACCCGCAGGUGUGCAUAACGGAGCCCAUCAAAGAGGCCGACGGUUACAUUGAAUCUCUUCCGGACAACUUCAUAGGGCCGACGGAUUUGGCCCGACAGCUGGUGACACUGCCCUGUUCUCUGUCUCUCUAUCGCCAAAACUCUAUGAUCUUCUAUCAACUCAUUCUCGAAGCGCGUCAUUAUAUGCUUAAAAUGCGAAACUGUUUCCAAUUCUUCCUCAGCAGUUGUCUUAGUCUGAGUUUAGCCCAACUCUUGACUUCACUGCUAUUCCUGCCGCCGCUUCUCUCUCCCGGUGUAGUGCUGUGGUUGGCCUGUAUUGUGUUGCCUAUUCUCAGCUCAUCACUGAUGGGCACUCAUAUGGACGACAAAGUGAUGACUAUCGCCACCGGAAAGAAAUUGCAUUUAAACAAAGAGGUUCUUAUCAGUAUACUAUACUUCUUCAUGUGUUACUUAAUUAAAUUCGCGCCAUCAGUAUUGGUGAGUGUCCUGUGCUUUGGUUUAAUUAUUGGCCACUCGUGUCACGACAUGCACGUGGGUUUGCUAACGGCUGGUCCGUGUUGGAUGUUCAGCGAUGUUAAAGCCAACAUUACCGGCGAAACUGAUGACUUCUUCUGGUCCUCACGGCUACUGAUUGGUCAGACAAUUGCCUCAUUGUUUCUCGUUUUAUACAUCGUAAUCAUAUCAAUCGGUUUUGUUCACCGAAAUCAUCUCAUUUGGCAGAGAAGUCCGCUGACCAACAAGUGGUGGAUAUUUAUAUCGAUCGGUCUGUUAAUUAGUCACGCGUUGCUCUGUUUGAUUGAAAUCAGUUUAUACGUGCGGUCGACACAAAUCGCCACCCAAUUCAUCGCUUCCAUUCCCGUCUACGUCUGGUGUCUGGGCUUUCUGUGGCCACUCCUUCUCCUCUCCAUCAAUACCUUCACUAAAAGACACGAAAUCAAAGUCUACGGCCGACAGCAGCGAAGGGCACGACUAGAGUUCGGUACAAAACUAGGAAUGAAUUCUCCCUUUUGAUUGAGAAUUACAAUCAAAACCUAUAUCUAAAUCAUACCUUAUAAUCACCGAUACCUGUAUUAAAGCACACGUUUUAAUGUGUUUUUUGUUUGUUUGAUAACCACUUAAUUGUAUUGCAGUCUUAAUAGUGGUUUGUAUUCCCGCUU